CCAUUUCGAUGAGAGUUGUUCGGACAUCCGCCGCAUACUAACAAGAAGAGCAGAAUAUACUGAAUUAUCACGGUUUGUGAAGUUUAUUUCCGAUGACAACAUUCAGUGAUCCGUGAUUUAUAAUUCCAUGAUAACCUGCGAAGAUGUUAGAUCCUGAUGGAGCGUGAAGUUUUCUUUCAACAACUGUAUGCACGGGUGUUUUCUUAAUUUGGUGCUUUGCCAUUUACCGAGUUUACACUAUUUAAGAAUAAUUUCAUCUCAGGUUCUGAAGAAAAUCAGACAGCGUGGUUUGACAACUCCAGCAACACCGAAUCCACACCCGAUUUGCAGACCACCCUCCAGUGGGACAUUGUGACCAGUAAUAAGACAACCAUCUGGGAUCUCAUCUCUGAAAGGACUAACGACACCACCAUGUCUCCAGACACUGACGAAGUCGCAUCCAAGGAUUUCUACAUUGGUCUGGCGCUGGCCAUUAGCUCCAGCAUCUUCAUCGGGUCCAGCUUUAUCAUCAAGAAGAAAGCACUGAUUAAGAUAUCUACCUACUCCACCAGAGCAGGUGAUGGUGGUUACGGAUACCUUAAAGAAUGGCUAUGGUGGGCAGGAUUCUUAUUAUUGGGAUUCGGCGAGUUGUUUAAUUUUGUGGCCUACGCUUUCGCCCCAGCAACACUUGUGACUCCACUCGGUGCUCUCAGCGUAUUAGUGGCAGCUGUACUGUCUUCAUAUCUCCUCCAUGAAGCACUGAACAUAUUAGGCAAGGUAGGGUGCUUACUUUGCAUCCUUGGCUCCACCAUCAUGGUCAUACACGCCCCUCAAGAAGACGCAGCAAACUCUCUUGAGGAACUCGUAGAAAGACUAAAAGAUCCAGCCUUCAUCACCUACAUCUGUCUGGUGUUCGUGGUAGCCGGGGUGAUGAUCUUUUACUAUGCUCCAAAGUACGGUCAACAAAACAUCCUAAUCUACAUCACCAUCUGUUCCAUCAUUGGCUCACUCUCCGUCAUGGCAGCCAAAGGACUUGGAAUUUCCCUCAAGGAUUUCUUCGGUGGUACAAUUCACCUGUCCAACCCUCUGAUAUGGUUGUUGGUAGUCUGUUUAGUGGUGUUUAUCUCCAUCCAAAUGAACUACCUGAACCGUGCACUGGACGUCUUUAACACCUCGGUGGUGACGCCUAUUUAUUAUGUCUUUUUCACCACGAGCGUCAUUGUGGCCUCGGCGAUAUUAUUCCAGGAGUGGAUGUUGAUGGAUCCGUCCUCCGUAUUGGGCACCAUAUCCGGUUUUGUCACCAUAAUAUGUGGUAUAUUCCUCUUACACGCGUUCAAGGAUGUCAACAUGAGUUUGAGUGAUCUGCCCACAGCGACGUCUCGCCAAGGGGCAAACGGACUGAUCAGAAGUUCAGAGUCGUCGCCGAUUAAUAACCAAGAUGAGAGUAGAAUGAUCACUACAGAGACUGAUACACUGUUGAGUGAGACAGAAGAAGGACUGUUAAACUGAGACCGUAAAGAAGCAGAUAAAAGAGAGAACCUAGUCAGAAAUUGAAAGUAUAAUUACUGUACAUAAUAACUUUGGUGCUUUUUGUGUCAAAUGAAUCACCAUUAAUUCAAGUGAACACAUUAUACUUUUAAACAGCAGACAGCAUUAAUACGAAUAUUCUCUUAGAUACAUUAACUCAAAUUGUUUGGGGAAGUGAGAACAUAAAAGACCCUUCCCACGAACUAUGUAAUUUGCUCGUCACCCGUGUGCACUAACAGUUUGGUCAGCAAAAUUAAUCACAUCACGCCUUUUUGUAUGGGGAUGAUGGUGUCGUGACGCAGACAAGUUUGUGCAUCUGCUUAGUGCACAUGUCUACAAUGUUUGCCAACCAACACGCAUGCGUGAAUGUAAUUGGUAUUUCAUGUGACAGGUCAAGUUACUAUACAGUCACUUGCCGAGGUGAUUUUGUACGAUGGAUGACCCUCAUAUGUAAUGAAUUUGUCUCGAUUUAACAGAGAGGCAUAACACGUGUUUGGACUUGACUUUCUCACCUUUUGUUUUCUCACCUUGUGUGGAAUUCUCGUCGAGAUGAGUUCCUUUAGAGCAUUUAUAACGCAUGGCCAGGUUUGUACAGAAAUUGCACCGUCCAUGUUUGUACUGCCAUCAUAAUUUUAUUCACUGCAAGACUGUUGAGCAAUGUUGAAAAACUGUUCAACAUUCCUGAUGUAAAGAAUCGCUGUUAUUUGAACGGUUGGUAAUGGUUAUUUAGUUGAAUACUGGUACCAGGGAAAGGGGGAGGGAUGAGGAAUUGUAAAGCCCAUUUCACACUUCCUGAGAAUGCAAAUAAAAUACAAAUUUUGACGUUACGAAUUUGCAGCAAAUAAUUCGCAAUGCAAAACAGUCACCCAAACAGCCGUCACCAUAAUAUGUGUGACGUCAACAUUCGCUUCGCAUUCUAAUUGGCAGGAAGUAUGAACCCGGCUUUAUUUGGCAUUACCUAUCACACAUCAAUUGGGACUUCAGUUUUGCCCAUUGGAGUUUUUGAGUUCGCCUGCAAAUUGUUUGUUGAAUCCAUCCAGUGGGUACACGCAGGUACACAUUGCACUAAACACUAUAAAGGUAUGUCCAUUUUGAGGAGUUUGGAUGGUAGCAGUAUUACCCUUCAUCACUCAUUGAAUUGAAAAAAAAAAAACGGCUUCCCUCCAAAGUGGAGAUGAUGCAGAACUCUUUUGACUCUGAGCCCUGCUUGACUUUGGCCAGGUGUGGGUAAGCAUUACAUUCAAACUGUGGACAUACAUGUACAUUGUAAAAACAAAAGUGGGCCACAUAAGGCAGGGUUUUGAAGCACUGUGGACCUACACACAUCCACAAUGGGUUUUCACCAGUUUUGAAGAGUAGGGUUUUCCUCAAGUGUGCAGAACAAAGGAAUGCCCUCAGUGGGUAUGUAACACAGAGCUGUGUGUUCCAGCAGAGUGCAAAUUUUAUGGGCAUUCCUGGGAAAUUGUGGGUAAAAUUAUUGGUGGGGUUAAUGUUAGCGCUAAGCUUUUUUAUUGGAGUAACAGCAGGCAUGUUUGCGCUUGUACAUUUAUACAAACUAAGUAUUUGUAAUAGCUGUGUGUACUUGACUUGAUCUAACAACUUGUGCUACUUGCAUCUGAGACAGGGACAUGCCACAUAGUAAUAUAUUACCCUCUGAAACAUUUCGUUUAAUAUUUGAGAUGUGUACCUUAAAGAUGCAUGGCCUGAUUUUUGCUGAAAGAAUUUUUGUAGAGAACAUUGUUGACAGAUGAUACUGUUUCAAACUGAAAAACAUACAAAAACCUUUGCAUGUGCCACGGACAAUGCACAAAAUCCAUGUAAUAUUUUUAUGGCUGAUGGAUGUUAGAUUUUGUAGGGAUCCCGACAACAAUUCAUUCUUAAUAAACUACCUCUAAUCAUUGGCAGAUAUUUGUGUGCAAUACCUCAAUGGAAACUUUACACCUUUCUUACAUCUUAAAAAUAGCAAUUUAAAAAAAGAAAUCUAAAUUUUCAGGUCAAUUCGGCCCAGAUAAAAAACGAACCUUGCAUCUUUAAUGGACAUAAGCUCAUGUAAAUAUUAAUUUUAAGAACACUGACUUUUCUGAGUGAAACUGAAGUCAUGAAUUUCAUAAAGCCUGUACGCACAACAAAAACUUGCUGAAGCUUAUAAAAAGUCUUGCUUAGCAGCAAGAGGUUAUCAGCCAAUUUUCCAUAAAGCCGACUCAAUAUUUGCUUGGCAAGCAAUUUAAUUGCUAAAUAGCUUUCUGAAAUUGACCAUGGCGCUAGAACUGAGCAAAUAUAUAUGUAGGCUUCAGUUACACCGAGGUGAAUUACAUGGCAUUGUGGUUGGUAACCCCUUUUUGGCAAAAAGCUAUAUGAUAUGUGUUUAUUCAUUGUUUGUGUUCAAACAAACAAAUUUUACAUCCCUGUGGAGUUGUUCUUACUGGUGUCCCUGUCCUUAAUAUCCUCCCAUACUUUAUGCCACCCAUUGUGGGGCACCCCAGGCUCAUGAAGACCUUUUCCUUUUCCCUUUUUUGUGUGUGUACCCGGUCUUCACUUGAAUAUUUAAAACAUACUCGGUUUUUGAUGAGCUUGACCCAGUUGUCUUAAACCCUUAUUGAGUACAAACCAUGUAACAUGUGAUGUCAAAUGUUUACAAAAGAGCCAAUGAGCCUGAACUUCCUGCAGGCAAGCAGCUCAAUGGAAGAACACAAACAAUCUUAUACUUUAUGGAGAUCGUGCUGUUUGAGUUUUCUCAACUUUUGAUAUGAAGAAAGGGGGCCCAUCUCAAAACAUGUUCAGCUGGCGUCAUUAACUAUGUGGAAAUUAUGAAACAAAUGUUUAUAAUUUCCCAUAAAAAAAAUAACACCACUAGUGUCAAAUGUUACAUGGUCUAUAUAUUGUAACACAUUCAAAAAGGUGUGAAAGAGCAUUUUUUCAAGUAAUUAAAUGUAUGUAAAUAAUAACUGUCAAUCCCAGAGAACAAUUAUAUGUGUAAUUAGAAUUUGUAUUUUUGUGUAUGAUGUAUGUAUAGUUAUUAAUAGUUAUUCAUUGUGAAUGUUUAUUGAUUUGGGUCCAAUUUCUCAUAGCUGCUUACGCACAAAAAGGAGCUAAGCGCACAACAGAAUUAUGCUUACCCGAAUAAGGUUAACAGCCAAAAUACAUUUCACAUUUAGCAUACUGUGACUUUUUUCUUUCUUGUAAGCAGAAUAUUGUUGAGCAAUGUUUCUGUAUAAGCAGCUCUAUAUAAAUAAAAUUCAUGAAAUUUGCCCCUGGAAUUUCUAAAAAGAAAACAAGCAGAUACAAAAACAAAAUCAUUUGUUUUUCCAUCUUUAAUACAAGAAAACUGUACAUUGAAAAAAAAACAGGAGAAAAAGAUUUACAUUUAACAGUCAAAUUAUAUUGAAUAAAAUGUAGUUUGCCUCAUGAAAAUUCCCUUAAUGAAACUACUGGAGCUAAUUAUCUUUAAGUCAAAGAAAGUGGCCACUAGUUGAAUGGGGAAAGUAGGGGGAAAACUGCAUUUAAUUUGUAUUGUCAAAUUGCCACUCAAAGACAGUUACAGCCUCCCUUUCAAAUUGUAUUGGAUAUUAUGAAAACACCCACCCCGGGAGGUACAAGUCAUAUAAUUUAUUCCAACAUGUUAAAUUAAUGUCGAUGUAUAGAGUAAAGAACUUUCUAUUAUAAGCAGGCAUGAUUUUCUUCAAACUUAUUUAUUGCUACUUUUUUCAACGGGUCAAUAUCAUGCCAUAACAAUGUUUCAUAUGCUACAUGGUUGUGUAAUUUCAGUUAACUCUGUUAUUUUAAUAGAUGUUAAAUUUGCACCUGGGAUAAAGAAUACUAUUUUAAGUUUCACCCGCACACUGAUUUGUGUAACUUUCCUGAGUUCUGUAAAGCAAAAUCACAGGCAUAUUGCUUGGGUUGUGUUAGGGUAUUUAAACCAAAAGAAAUGAUUUAUGUUAUGCUCACUUCCUUAAUAACACAUACACCUUUUUUAGUUAAUGGUUUCAAAAAGUAUAGGUCCGUAGUUUGGUAUAAAAGUUGUAUACUACUGCCCAUUAACAUAAAUGAACUUGUAAACUGAUCUUUGAAUAAAAGUACUAUUAUUUUAGAUAGCCUUUGUUUAUAUCAGAGACUCACUUCAAAACAAUUUGCGACUCAUCAUUCUAAAGAUUAUUUCUCGAAAGUUUGAGGUAUGCCUUGAAAAAAAAUAAUAAUCAGGAACCGACCUAGUACUAUACUGAGUUGAACAGUGGCCAUUGUCUCCCUAUGAUACUUAAUAUACUGAUCAGAGCAGUGCCUACUUGAAUGUUCUACAAGUUCAGCAGAAAAUAUUGCUCAACAAAUUUCUGCUAAGCAAAAAUAAGCAGGAUACCAGUCACAGAGGAUGCAUACAUGGAUGAGUUGGUAUUUGGGCUAACCUUAUUCUGGCAAGCCAAAAUGUCUUUUUUUUUUUGCUUAGCUAUUUUGUUUGUGUUUUAGCAGCUCUAUUAAUAUGAGCCGAUGGAAUUGUGAACUCUCGACCCAGUUACUGCACUUGCAUGCGCCAUUUUGGGAGUCAAAAUGUACACAAAGGAAUUGACUCCCAAAUUGAAGGCAAUAAAUGGCAGACGCUCAUUUUGCGGACAGAAGUUCCGAGUGAGAGUGUGCACAUGCAGUAAGCUUGGGUCGUAAUUCCAUGUGUACAGUCAACCACAUGCUGCUUAAAUUCACACGACUGUGCCCUUUAAUGUACUGUUCCAUAAAUGUUGAAUAAAAAAAAAUUACCUUUUUUUUGUA